AUGAACAUUCUAAGACGCCUGAAAGAAUCACUCCGAACGCACCCGUCCAUCCACACAAAUGACAAACUCAUGCUAUGGUCAGCAUUUACGGUUGCCUUCUUUGGAUUCCUAAGAGUCAGCGAGUUUACUGCAACGUCGCCCCAGCAUUUCGACAAAACCCGUACUUUACUGAUCGAAGACACAACAUGUGCAAUCGAGCUAUACGUCCAGUUACGAGCCUCCAAAACAGAUCCAUUUCGUCAUGGCUGCAUCAUCAAAAUUGCGCCUACAUUCACCUCAGUCUGUGCCGUUCGUGCGUACACCAAGUAUUGCAGCAUCUGUGCCCCAUCACCCCAAACGCCUGCCUUCCAGUUCCACUCAGGGAGUUGGCUUACACGUCAAAGCCUAACUACCCACUUGCGUGACCUGUUGACUAGAGCUGGGAUCCAAAAUCCACGCCUGUACACAACCCACAGCUUCAGACGAGGGGCAGCGACAACCGCAGCAGAAGCGAACGUGCCAGAUUGGUUAAUCAAGACUCUAGGAAGAUGGCGAAGCGACGCAUACCAAGUGUAUAUCGACACACCUUCGUCAACGCUACAAGCCGUGCCUCGAAUCCUCUGCGGACAUUCAUCUUAG